AUGUCGUCCGAAUCAUUUGCUGCUCUACGGCGAUCGGGAGGUGACGAGCUUGCGAAGCUGGCGGAAGAUCAUUUCAAGCAUGACUUAAAUCAAGAAGACCGCGACCUCGUUAGAAAGGCCGCCUCCAAAUUCAGCACCCAUGCCCUCAUCGGUAGUCUAGUUGGUGUUGCGUUGGGAGGCUUCCUCGCUUUCCGCAUUCGAGCAAACCGCACGCGGAUGUACCAAGCCUUCCGAGCAACCGAACGACCUACACACGUCCGAUUUGCGGACGGAAGAGAAGAGGCGAUCCCAGAUAUAACACCACUAAUGAAACCGACGACACUGGGAGAUAUUGCUGCCUACACAUUCUUCGGCCUGGGCGGUCUAUUCGUCGGAGGAGAGACUGGUCUGCUGACAGGAAGCUGGUCUGCGAGAAGGACCAUCAGCAGCGAUCCAGAUACCAAGAAGCGCGUUGAGCAAGCGUUUAGAUCGUUCAAAGCCGAUGUCCUCAGAAAACAAAUUGCAGAGCUAGAAGGGGGCAAGUCCGAUUCUCUACUCGAGCUUUGA